AUGAGUUCAGUUUCAUUGAGCGAUUUCAACGUUUAAAAAACUUUAGGAAAUGGAGCAUUUUCAUGGGUAUAUAAAGUAUAGCGCAAACAAGAUGGCUAAGUUUACGCUCUUAAAAAGGUUAAAUUGAGGGAACUCUCUUACAAAGAGAAAGAAAAUGCUUUAAACGAAAUCAGAAUUUUAGCUUCAAUAAACUCUCCUCACAUUAUCAGAUACAAAGAUGCAUUUUAUGAUAAUGCAAGCGGAUGUCUUUGCAUUGUGAUGGAAUAUGCAGAGAACGGCGAUUUAAUGGCUAAAUUGCAAGAUUAUAAAAAAAGAAACAUGUUUAUGGACGAGGCAAAAAUUUGGAAAUAUGCAGCAUAGAUUUUACUGGGUUUAAAAUCAUUGCAUGAUCUGAAAAUUCUUCAUCGUGACUUAAAGUGUGCAAAUAUUUUCUUGGGUGCUAAUAAUAAAGUAAAGUUAGGGGAUUUAAAUGUCUCUAAAAUUAUGAAGAGAGACCUAGCUUACACUCAAACUGGAACACCUUAUUACACAUCCCCUGAAGUUUGGUAAAAUCAACCAUAUGAUUCAAAGUGUGAUGUUUGGAGCAUGGGAUGUGUUCUAUAUGAAUUGAUGGCUCAUCAUCCUCCAUUCGAAGCUAAAUCCAUGGAGGAACUCUAUAAGAAAGUAUGUAAAGGCACCUAUUAAAAGCUUCCCAAGUAAUAUAGCCAAGAAAUGAAUGACUUUAUUAAUCUUUGCUUGAGAAAAAACCCUAAAUAACGUCCUUCUGUGAAUUCUCUACUAGAGUUUUAGGGCCUAUUGCCUUACGUUUAAAAUAUAUUGGAGAAUGAAGAAGAUAAAGAAAAUAAGCAACCCAAUAUUUAGAAAAAUAACUCUUUGAAUCUUCUAUAGACAAUGAAAAUGCCUUAUGGAAAUCUAAAUGCUUUAAAAAACAUUUUGCCUAAAGCUUAAUUUGAAGAUUCAAUAGAUUCCUUUAUGGAAGAGUAGUCUUUAGCAAAGAAGUCAUCUGGAAAUAGACCAAUCUCAGCUGUAAACAAUAACGAUUUUAAAAACAACAUUAACUAAAGACAUUCACUUGAGCCUCAACAAGGAAAGUAAUAAAAUCAAUAGCCUAGCUCAAAUAUUUAAAGACAUGCAUAGUCUCCUCCUUCUCAUUCUAAUUAAUAAAUUUUGAGCAGUAGACAAAGAAUACAAUCUGCUCAUAACGCAAUACUAUGCCGUUAAGACUCAAAUUCCUCAGUUUAAAAUUAACUAAAAUCCAAUAAUAAUAACGUACCAAACGGAAUUAAUAAUUGCCCUUUACCAAAAAGUCCUGAAAUUUUAGGUAGCAAAAAAAUAUCUGCCUUAUAACGUAAUGGAAUUGAAAUGGUUAAGCCCAGAAAUUCCAUCGAAGAAGGAAUACCAUUAAGAAACGAUAGAGAGAGAGGAAGUGUAAAUAUUCCUGUAAAUAAUAACAGAUACCCCUCAGCAGGAAGAAGAAACAUUUUAUGCUGA